AUGGCUGUUCUUAAAGUAAAAUUCACCAAAACCAAACGAGACAAAUUAGCUCAAAUCCUAUGGAUUCUCAACUGGUUUUCUGUGAUAUCUGGUGCAGUUGUGUUCAGCCUUGGACUCUUCCUAAAGAUUGAAAUCAGAAAACGCAAGGAGGUGAUAGCGAAAUGGGAUAUUAACUCUGUUCCAAAUAUAUUAAUUUCUAUUGGAGUCAUAGUUUGUAUAAUCAACUUUCUUGGAGGUAAAAUCUGUUAUGACUGCACAGAUGCCAAUAAAUUUAACCGCUGGAAGCUGGUCAUGCUCCCUUAUAUUGUAUGCACUCUCUGUUUCACCUUCUGCAUCUUUGUGGGUGCUAUUAUGUGCUAUACUAUGAGAAAUGAAUUGGAAGAAUCUCUAUAUCUGGGAUUGAGAGAUGCUAUUAAAUUCUACAAGGAUACAGACAUCCCUGGAAGAUGCUUUUUGAAGAGAACUAUAGACACUUUACAGAUCAGAUUCCAGUGCUGUGGAAACAAUGGUUUUAGAGAUUGGUUUGAAAUUCAGUGGGUAUCACCUCGUUAUCUGGAUAUGGCUUCAAAGGAUGUUCUAGACCGCCUAAAAAAUAAUAUUGAUGGGAAAUUCUUGGUGGAUGGAGUCCCCUUCAGUUGUUGCAAUCCAAACUCACCCCGUCCCUGUAUCCAGUACCAGCUCACAAACAAUACUGCUCACUACCGUUAUGAUUUUCUGACAGAAGAACUUAAUAUUUGGAUGAAAGGAUGCAGGGAAGCCCUUCUGGAUUAUUACACUGACAUCAUGAGAUCCAUCGGCAUCAUCACGUUCAUCAUUUGGGUGUUUGAGCUAUCUGUCCUCAUUGGGGUUCGUUAUCUUCAAACAGCAAUGAGGAACCUUCUUCUGCAGGAAGAUCCACUCUGUGACUCCGAUGGCUGGUUACUUGAAAACAGUUUUGUGGAAACUGCCAAAUGGAACAUCAACAUAAUUAAACAUCUUGGCAAAGGAAACCAGGUAUCCAGCGUUUUGGAAACGAAUGACGCUAAUAUGGAUGUCCACACUGCAAACCACAGUUCAGAGAACACUCCAUCAAAAUGCAUCCCUGUGGCUUAAUUGGAUGAAAUACUGAAGACUUGGCAACUGCAUCACAAUGUAUCGUAACAUGCCUGCCAACAUAUCAGAGCAGAAAGAGGGAGUUGGUUUGUGCAAUGUACUAUGCCAUGGCUGUGCCAUACAAUAUAGUUAAUUUGCUUGCUUGCUUGUUUUUGUUCCUCCCCAUCUCAGCAACCCAUUCUGACUCUCAGUCCUUAAAGGGAUAGUGCUGGACAAACAAGAGAGUAAUAGAAGAGACAGAAGCAGCAAUAGUGUUUGGCACUGUGGGAAUAGUCUUAACAGUGAGGGGAGUAGUGACUGAGAGAGUUAAGGCAGUUACCUUCCUUAAAUGACCAUCAUUAUCAGACAGGUCUCACCCAAAACAGUCUUGAGCACAGUGUUUGAAAUAGCAUCUGUAAACAUGGUAAGUCUUUUCACAUACAUUUUGAGUAUUGGUGAAUACCUAGGAUAUCAAGUACAAAGAAUACAC